AUGAACCAUUUAUCACCACCACCCUCACCCCAAUCCAAGGCCGGACAAUUCAAUUCAGCUGCAUCGUCGGCGGCUUUGGAUUCCAAAAAUUGGAUACAAAAAGCAUCGGCCUUUAAUAAUGUUAUGGCCACGGCUGCUGCUCAAAAAUUAAAUACCAGAGACAUCCCACCCUUCUUGUACAACCCCUUGCUGUACUCCAGUGCCUUGUUGUGGCCACAAUUCCUGCUAUCAUCAGCAUCGGCCUUACAUACCCCGCAUACACCCAUUACACCCAAAUCUCCCUUUAAUGCCAGCCUCAAUAGUCGUGAUUAUGCCCUCACCCCCGAAAAGGAAGAUCUCUCCGGCUCUUCUCAGGAGGAAAAUACCAGCAUUAAUGAAGAUAUGCCAUUGAACUUGUGCAUAAAACGUGAAUCGACCAAUGAGGAGCAAGCCUCCUUAGGUGGUACACCACCACCACUAAGGGCUGUUAAUUUGAAAUCUUCCUCACCCAAAACACCCGAAGAUGAAUAUGAAUCGUCGUUAAAAAUGCGAUCACACACCAAUUCCAUAUGGUCACCGGCCAGUAUGUGUGCUCAAACGAAUACCAGCAGCCUGCCGACCAACACCCACCCCCACCAUGCCGAUGAUGAUGAGCACAUGGAAAUGGAUCCAAUUGUAAGGAAAUUCAAAUAUGAACGCCGCAACAGUUUUAGUCGUCACCAGCAACAACAACCUGUCCAGGAUAGUAACCUCUUGACACCCCUCUCAUCAAUUUCCGGCCCUGCCACAUUUCCCCGCACGAAUUUCAAUCACAAGGCGAAUAUCGAACUCGAAUCGGCUCAACAACAAAUCAAUGCUCAUCGAAAUGCCUUCAUGGCCGGCUUGGCUGGUAACAAUUUGGAACUGCUUAAGCAGCAUCUAAAAGUUCAAACACAGCGUGAAUUGGAAUUAUUGCGUCAGCAGCGUGUUGAUUUAUUCGUACAACAACAACAGCAAUCGAGUGAUAACGACAGUAUUAGCGAGGAAUACAACAAGGAGCAGGAGAAUAAAUUAUCUUUGUUGCAACAUCAUCAAUAUAUGGCAGCUGCAGCAGCAGCGGCGGCCGCAGCAUCACAACAACAUCACCAGCAGCAGCAACAUCCUGAUUCGACAGCCGCGAUUGGUAGUAGUCCAGCAGAUGGUCUACAUUCGUCAUCGUGUCAUCCGGAUAGUGAUGGUGGCCACAGUGGUGGUAAUAACUCGAACAACGGUGAAAAGAGAGUGGCGAGAAAUUUUCAGUGUAAACAAUGCGGCAAAGCUUUUAAACGCUCCUCAACUCUGUCUACCCACUUGCUGAUACACAGUGAUACCCGGCCAUAUCCCUGUCAAUAUUGUGGCAAACGUUUCCAUCAGAAAUCGGAUAUGAAGAAACACACAUAUAUUCAUACUGGUGAAAAACCCCACAAAUGCACCGUGUGCCUUAAAGCCUUCAGCCAAAGUUCCAAUUUGAUUACUCACAUGCGCAAGCACACCGGCUACAAGCCCUUCGGUUGCGGUCUCUGCGAUCAGGCCUUCCAACGUAAAGUCGAUUUGAGACGUCAUCGCGAGAGCCGUCACGAGGAUCAUUCCAUGUCAACGGGGGCAAGUAGUCAAGCACCGACCAUGAUUAAAAUGGAAGUUAGCAGCAGUUGUUAG